AUGCUGAAGGCUUCCAACCUCUCUCGCUGGCAGUUCAUCCAGGAAUUCUCCAUUCCUCCUCUGGUGGCAGUGCCCAGACUCCCUAGCGCCCUGCUUCCAAUUUUUGGCCUGCUCUACGUGCUCAUCUUUGGGCUUGCAGUGGUGGGAAACGGGGCGGUGCUGGUUCUCUUAUGUCGCAGGAAGGCUCUGCAGUCUCCCAGCACCUUCUUCAUUUGCUCUCUGGCACUCAGUGACCUCCUGAUAUCCAUAGUGUGUGUUCCUGCCACACUGCUGCAGCACUUCUUCACCAACUGGUUGGCAGGAGAUUUUCUGUGCAAGUUAAUACCAUUCCUACAAGUGACGGCCAUCGGGACCAGCAUGCUCACCAUGACGUGUAUUGCUGUAGAGCGUUUCCAAGGAAUCCUUUAUCCCCUGCAUGUCCGCAACAGCUACUUUCUUUGUCAUGCCUUCAAGAUGCUGGUGGCUGUGUGGUUGGUUGCCCUCGCAAUCGCGGCUCCCAUGUGGUUUGUUCAGAAAGUGGAGGUGAAAUAUGACUUCCUGUUUGAUGUCCACCAUACCAGUUGUUUGGAAGUAUGGCCAAGCCAGAGGCAGAGGAGAGCCUACACUACCUGUCUGUCCGUCCUGGUGUUUCUGGCCCCCUUGGUGACCAUGGCCAUCCUGUACUGGAAGAUCAUGCGGGAGCUCUGGGGCAAGCACAAAGUACAUGACAUCAUGUUUCAAACGCUCCCGGGAUCUGAAAUCAACAAGAUUGCAAGUUGUUUGGAAGUAUGGCCAAGCCAGAGGCAGAGGAGAGCCUACACUACCUGUCUGUCCGUCCUGGUGUUUCUGGCCCCCUUGGUGACCAUGGCCAUCCUGUACUGGAAGAUCAUGCGGGAGCUCUGGGGCAAGCACAAAGUACAUGACAUCAUGUUUCAAACGCUCCCGGGAUCUGAAAUCAACAAGAUUGCAAGCCAGAUGCUGUCCUUCCUGUGA